AUAUGACGGCGUUAGUGAUGAGGAGCGAGCUCGAGGCAGACGCUUUCAUUCGGACGGCAUCUUGACGUUCACGUUCCAUAGCGACGUCCCCACCCGAGACUGUUUUAUUAAGACUGAGAUAUAUAUAAAAAUAUAUAUAUAUAUAUUUAAAAAUAAAACAAAAUAUGUUUUAAUUCGCUGGACGUUUAACAACACUGAUAAUUAUUUUUUUUAUUAAGUUUUUUUUUAAAACAAUAUAUAUAUAUAUAUAUUUUUAAAAAGAGGAAAAAACGGUUUAAAAUGUUUCUAUCAGGGAAGAUGGGAGUCUUUGGGAUUUUGGUCCUGUGCUGUUGCAAUUUUGGACAAGCUGCGGCUCUGCAGUCUCCUGAGAUCUGCUACGUCCUAGACGGGGUUCUGUUUGUAUACGGGAUCGUCCUCACUGUGCUGUACUGCAGACUGAAGAUGAUGUCUGACAAACCUCCUGUGCAGAAGGGAUCACAGAAAGAAGGAGAAGGCAUCUACACGGGAUUGUCGCUUGCCACACAGGAUACCUACGAAACAAUUAAAACCCAGAAGAAAUAAGAAAUCCGAGGAGCUCGCUGCCGUCACCGGAUUUCAUAAUCCAAUGUAAUCCAGGUGACUGAAGCAAACCUCUCCGUUCAAACAAACUGCCUUCACACGUUUCAGAAAGGACGUUCACUUACCAGCUGAAAAAAAAAUGUGUAAAAACACACCCCGGGCUGCAGAAGUUUCCUGUAAAAUGUUUCCAAACAGAAAAUAACCUUCCGGUAAUAGAAAACAAGGCCUAAUUUUAAAAUCUCGCUUUUUAUUUUUAGUUAUAGCGCAUUUUAUAUAUUUUUUUAAAAAAAAAUAAUAAUCAUGUAAUGGAAAUCAUCAUAAUAAUUUACUAAUGCGAUAAUGUUGAUUUUUUUUUUUUUU